UUAAAAAAAAACACGUGUGUUCGAGAGUGCCAGUGAGCGCGAGAACUGUGAUUAUCUUCUUGGUGGGAGAGUUGUAUAAAUAUACCUUCUCAGUUGAAAGUUCUGUUUACAAGUUCAGUAACAAGUCCAGAGAACUCUGGAAAGGAGCAAUGGCUUCAAAAAUGCUUUUGGUGGUCUGCACAAUAUUGAUAUUAUGGGUGCAAAUCGAUGCUCAUUCCUACAAUCUAGGAAAUUGUCCAACUGUUGAGCCAACUCAAGGAUUUCAAAUGAGCAGGUUUCUAGGUCUAUGGUACGUGAUUCAAAAAACAUCAACUGCAAGUAAGUGUAUCUCUUACAAUUACACCCGGGGUGAUGAACCUGGAGAAUAUGUCAUCACUCAAGACUCUGAUGUUCCAGUUUUAGGAUUAACUUCAUUGAAACAUGAAUAUCACUACACUGGUGAAUUAUCAGUCCCAGAACCAAGCACUCCUGGUCGUAUGUUGGUUAGUUUUCCACUAAAUAUAGCUGGAAGUGCGUCUCACGUGGUUUUUGAAACUGAUUACGAAAACUACGCUGGAAUUUUCACCUGUCAAAAAUUGGGUUUCUUUCAUCGAAAAAGCGCUACAAUUCUUUCGAGACAUCGUGAUUUGGAUAAAACUCAAGUUGACAAAUUACGACAAAAAUUAAGUAGUUUCAAUGUCGAUCCAUUUGAUCUCAGUAUUGUCACUCAAACAGGAUGUCCCACGGGAAAUAAUUCCUUGGACAUCAAUAUUAAUCCAAAUACAUUUACGGCAGAAAAUUUUGGCAACGUAGUCCGUAAAGCUGGUCAAAAACUUGGCGAUGGUGUCGAAUGGGUCAGUAAAGCUGGAAGUAAAGUUUAUCAUAAAAUUGCAGGAACUGAAGAGAAACCAGAACCAACACCUACAUUAUCUGCUCCAAAACCUGAUGAAAAUAUAAUUAAAGAUGUAAGAAUGGAAAAUAACGAAGUCGAAUGGAUUCCUUAACUUUGAAAAUUCAUUGUUUUGCAUUGAUAACAUAAGAAUUUGGUUGAUUUUUGUGAAACCACAAUGUUUUUGUUUUUUCAGGCAACAAAAAUUUCAGUUGAAACAAAAAAUAAAUUGAUUUUGUUCAAUUAAUAAAAAUUUGAUUGAGACAAUCAAAUAUUUUGUUGACAAAACAAAAUAUUUUUUUCAGGGUUUUUUUUUAUAGGUAAUUAUAAAUUUUAGUAAUUAAAAAAAGUCUCGAGAUUAUGUAUCUUAAGAAACAAUAUUAAGUUUAAUAAUAGAUUUUUAUUAUUAAAAAUAACUUCUGUAAUUCUACAAAGAAAUUUUGUAUCAAUCUAACAAAUAUUAAAAUUGUGAUACCUAUAUGUACAAUCUGUAAACGUAAAAUAUUAUUAUCCAUUGAAAAAUUAUUCUGUGUACUUUUAAAAACAUUUCCUUAAUAAAUUAAAAUUUUUAAAAAUA